AUGUUUUCUUCCAAGUUUAAUCCUAUUCAUUCCCAUCACGAAGAUAUUAACGACCAGUUUAUUCGAAAUGUCGAUUAUAACGUGAUUGAAGAAGAGUUUGGAGUUGUCAAAUAUUAUCCAAAUUAUGUGCACAAUCCAGGAAUAUCUACCCCUGAAUUGAAGAGUUUGAUCGAAGAUAAGCCAAUAUACAAACAGGUAAAGACCAAGCAAUUCAAGAAGGAGGUGAGAAAGAACCAAAGAAAACAAUUGAAGCAGUUGAAACAACAACAAAGAGACGAAAGAAAAGAGGCACGAGAUCAGAUUCGUGAAGAAAGAAAAGAAUUGAGAGAUCAGAUUAAAGAGGAGAAGAAAGAACUCAGGGAUCAAAGAAGAAGAAGCAAUGGAAAUAUUGUUGCUGAUCCAUAUAAACAAGAGACGCAAUUUAGACAGAGAAAUAACAGUUAUCAGCCAUUACCACUUAGUGUGAACAACACCAUGAAUUCCACCAACAAUUCGACAAUUAACAGUAACAACAAUAAUUGCAUUCAACAUGAAUACCGUGGUCAUUAUAUGAAGUUUUCCAAUAGUUAUGAGAUCAAUAACAAUAUCACAAGUAAUGGUAUGAAUCGUGCAUUUUCGUAUGACAAUGAUUCUGACAAGACAGAAGUUGAAGAGAUUGAAGAGGCUGAUGAUGCUGUGGAUCCAUUAGCUACCGAUAAGAUGAUUAAAUCGUUUCAAUCUACUACCUUGACAAACACACUUAAUCAUUCGGUAUCUAUUAAUAACAACAAUAACAAUAAUGGGUUUUACGAUGACACUAUUAGCAACAAUAAUAGUAGUAAAAUGAAGAGGGGUAAUUCAUUUGAUCAAUCAAAAAGUUAUCUAACCAACUUGAGAAACAAGUUCAAGUUUCAUAGAAGAGGAAGUGAACAAUUUGGUAUGUAUUUAAUUUAG